AUGGGCGCUGGAGGCGCGGUGGGAGCCGGCGUCGGCCACUGCGGACACUGUGGGGUGGCGGCGAGCAACGGCGGCAGCUGCAGCUGGGGCUGCAACGUCCCAGCAAACGCCGCGGAGGCCCCUGGAUGCGAUGAUCGACCGGUACAACAUGCUCAGAUGAGGAUCCGCGAGGCAGCCGCCAGGAGCGCUGCAGUGGACCUUAGUAAGCUGCUUAGCUCGUUCACCGCUGAUAUUGUUUGCCAUGCUGUGUCGGGCAAGUCCUUUAGAGGCGGCGGUCGAAGCGAGUUGUUCCGCGAGCUGGUAGAGACUAGCUCCAUGCUCAUAGGUGGGUUCAACCUGGAGGACUACUUCCCCAAGUUUGCAAGGCUGGACGUGGUAAGAAGGAUGGUGUGUGCUAGGGCGGAGAGAAUAAAGAAGAAAUGGGAUGACUUGCUGUCGCCCUUCAUCAACAACCACGCCAAGAACACAACGUUGGACUAUGAAAUCAACCAAGGCGGAGAGACAGAUUUCAUCGAUGUGUUGCUCUCCAUUCAACAAGAGUACAACCUCACCAGAGAAAACAUCAAGGCGGUGUUGGUGGACAUGUUCAUAGGUGGGACAGACACAUCAUUCAUAAUGCUGGAUUGUGCAAUGGCUGAGCUAAUCCAAAAUCCAGAGGUGAUGACCAAGCUCCAAGCUGAGGUGAGGAGCGUAGCAGAGGGGAAGGAAAUGGUUACAGAAGAGGAUCUGAAUGGCAUGAUCUACCUCAAGGGUGUUAUCAAAGAGACGCUCCGGCUACACAGUCCUGUGCCGCUCUUCGUGCCCCACCUCUCCACGGCCGACUGCGACAUAGAGGGAUACACCAUACCAUCUGGUACCCGUGUGAUCAUCAAUGGAUGGGCUCUAUCAAGGGACCCUGCCUACUGGGAGAGCGCAGAGGAGUUCAUGCCCGAGCGCUUCAUGGAAAAUGUUGGAAGCACUAUGAUUCAUGACUUCAAGGGAAGCAAUUUUCAUUUUUUGCCUUUUGGCACUGGGCGAAGGGUGUGCCCAGGUAUGAACUUUGGAAUGGCCACUGUUGAGAUAAUGUUGGCAAACCUCAUGUACCACUUCAACUGGGAUCUACCUGCAGGAACAGUAAAAAUCAAUAUGACAGAGUCCUUCGGCGUGACAAUGGGUCGCAAGGAAAAUCUCAUUCUUGUCCCAUCACUUGCGCAAAAACAAGUUUAA